AUGUCCUCGAUCUUCAGUCGCCGUCACGGUCAGACGUUUACCCGCACUGGGCGCUCUACACCUGAUCUCCUUUCAUCAAACGCUUCCAAGCUGGAGCAACCAAAAAAUUCUGUUAAUAGCCUUUAUCACCUGGAUGUAGUCGAUUCUGCCUCAGUGAUAAUCCCAUCAGUUCUUACCUACCCUUCCCCUCAAACACCUGAACAAUCGAUGUCUCCUGUAUCUACUUCAAGUAACACAUCAGUGCCUUCCGGGUCUCAAAGGGUACCACCACCGACCACCAACAUCAGUUCCCAUGCGACAAACCCAGCUUCCGCGGGUCCGUCGGGUCCUCAACGCCACAAGCGAGCACCGACCCCACCGCCACCGUAUGUUGAGCACUUUCCCUCGCAAAGUGAAGCAGAUAAUUCCACUGCGACACCUGUAGUAGCCCGCUCAAGAUCCCGAACUCCGUCCACAUCUUCUUGGAUAAAACGUGUGGUGUCGCGCAGCUCCUCACGUGCAUCUCUUCGCAAGCAGUAUCAACAAAUUCCAAUGUCCGAAGAGGAGAAGAUUGAAGCAGAACAGAUCAAGGCUCGCAAAGAAAAAGAAGCACUCGCCGAAUGGAAUCGAAUCAAUGAUGCCCUCAAAGCUGCAGGAUUUUGA